UUGUCUAAUGUCUGUUUUCUGUGUCUCAAGAGUAAGCUGAUGUCCCCAAAGGAGGAGGCACCUGUGCUGGUCAGGAGCAACUGCAAGACAAAUGGCAUUCAGGAAGAACAAGAUGAUCGGGACCUAUUUGCAGAUGCCACGGUGGAAUUGACCCUGGAUGGUGUAUCAAACCAUCAGAAGAAAGAGACAGCGAGUGUCUUCAGUCCUGCCCCUUCUCUAGAGAAAGCAGCAAAUUCCUCUUCCAAGCAUCAGUCAAAAACCUAUGAGGAGCUAGAAGAAGAAGAGCAGGAAGACAAGUUUGAACUCUUUGUGGGAGUGAGUGAUCCCGAGAAGAUUGGCGAUGGUAUGAAUGCUUAUGUAGCCUACAAAGUGUCAACGCAGACCACUCUGCCCAUGUUCAGGAACAAGCAGUUCACGGUGAAGAGAAGGUUCAGCGACUUUCUGGGCCUGUACGAGAAGCUGUCCGAGAAACACGCACAAAAUGGGUUCAUUGUGCCUCCACCUCCUGAGAAGAGCUUAAUAGGAAUGACCAAAGUAAAAGUUGGGAAGGAAGAUUCCUCGUCCACAGAAUUCCUGGAGAAAAGGAGAGCUGCUUUAGAGAGGUACCUUCAGAGAACUGUGAGCCACCCAACCAUGCUGCAGGACCCCGACGUCCGAGAGUUCUUGGAAAAAGAUGAGCUGCCCCGAGCUGUUAGCACCCAGACGCUUAGUGGAGCUGGCCUUCUGAAAAUGUUCAACAAAGCCACCGAUGCUGUCAGCAAAAUGACCAUUAAGAUGAAUGAAUCUGACAUUUGGUUUGAGGAGAAGCUGCAGGAGGUGGAGUGUGAGGAGCAGCGCCUGCGGAAGCUACACGCGGUUGUAGAAAUAUUAGUUACUCAUAGGAAAGAGUUAGCCCUGAACACGGCUCAGUUUGCCAAGAGUCUAGCCAUGCUGGGGAGUUCAGAGGACAACGCCGCUCUGUCCCGGGCGCUCUCCCAGCUGGCCGAGGUGGAGGAGAAGGUGGAGCAACUGCAUCAGGAGCAGGCCAGCCGUGACUUCUUUCUCCUCGCCGAGCUCCUGAGCGACUACAUUCGCCUCCUGUCCGUCGCAAGGGGUGCCUUUGACCAGCGCAUGAAGAGCUGGCAGCGCUGGCAAGAUGCCCAGAUCAUGCUGCAGAAGAAACGAGAAACCGAGGCUCGGCUACUGUGGGCCAAUAAACCUGAGAAGCUCCAGCAGGCCAAAGAGGAGAUCUCGGAGUGGGAAUCUCGUGUGACGCAAUAUGAGCGGGACUUUGAGCGGAUAUCGGCUGUUCUUCGGAAAGAGGUGCUGCGGUUUGAGAAGGAGAAGACAAAAGAUUUCAAAACCCAUGUGACCAAAUACCUGGAGACGCUAUUACACUCGCAACAGCAGCUGGUGAAAUACUGGGAAGCCUUCCUUCCAGAAGCCAAGGCCAUCUCCUAACCGGGUCAAGAUGGAACUUACGCUCCGGACUGAUUCUGCCUUUACUACAUUUAUACACAUUGGCCUUCCGAGGUGGACCUCACAGAGCCCGAUAGACUCCUUUCCCAGAUAGUAACUCUUCUAACUGUAUAUUUUUUUUUUCAAUUUAGGUUCAUAUACACAAUAUAUAUUUUCCUACCGAAGAGAGACUAGUUUCCUGCUUAUAUUGAGACCCACAACAGUAGGUAGUGGAAUAGGGUCAGGGUGUGUGUAUGUGUGUGGUUCAUGGAUCUUCUUUGGACUUUGGCACCGGACUCGGGCGGACAGCCUGCAGUGCAACAGCAACUAUGUAAUAAAACUCGAAAUCAGGGCA